AUGCCUGUCCAACAGCAUGUGCUCAACUGGCUCUACAGCGUCCUGACAAGUGAAUAUCACGAUGUGAACCGCACCUACAACGACGUCGCCACCGUCCUCGCACGAUACCCAACCCUCGCUCCACGAACCGAUGUGCACACCUUCCCCAAUGGCGCCAGCGCCCUUCUGGUGCACUUGACCGGCACGAUCCCGGUCCUCUUCCGAGGCACCACAUACAGGUUUCCGGUUUCAAUAUGGGUGCCUCAUGCAUAUCCGCGCGAGGCACCGCUGGUUUAUGUGACGCCGACGGAGACGAUGAUGGUUCGCCCAGGCCAGCAUGUCGACCCCCAGGGCCAGGUCUAUCACCCAUAUCUAGCUGGCUGGGUCGACUUUUGGGAUAAAUCAAGCCUAGACGACUUUGUUUCCGUCUUGAGCGACGUAUUUGCAAAAGAGCCGCCAGUUAUCUCGCGCCAGCAGCCUCGAGCAACAACCCAAAGCCCGCCUCCCGCCCAAGAGCCACCCCCGAUCACGCCUCAUCCUCCAGAAAGGCCUCUAGCCUCGACAUCUUCGCCUGCUCAGCCGUAUCCCAACCAAGCAGAAUCUCGUCCACCACCCCCGCCCCCGAAACCUCACCAGGAAGCCCCUCGUCAGGAAGCCCCUCGCCAGGAAGCUCCUCACCAGGAUGUUCGCUCACCCCCGCCAAUUCCACCCCACCCCCAUCUCUCUUCUCCCAGUCCUCCUAGCUCUGGAGUACCUUCUAGAUAUGAAUCAGCCCCUCCUCUGCCGCCUCAACCUCAAACGUCUAGACCACCAUAUCAAAAUCACGCUCAGUCUCUGCCUCAGUAUUCAAACGCUCAAGGACCUAUCCCCCCUCAGUCUCCAUCUCAUGGUCACCCGCAGACUUUGCCACAGUUUCAACCAUUAGGAGCAACCCCUGGAUACAAUGGUCAAUUUAACACACAGGGUCAACUACCGCCACAGGCACAAUGGCAACCACCGCAGCAACAGGCGUGGGAUAGAUAUCCCCCUCCGCAACACCAGCAGCAACAGCCCCCUCAGCCCCAACCUCAACCUCCCCACCAGAAAUCGCCACCACCUCCGAACCUUCUUGAUGACGGGCUCAGUUUAGAUAUCAAACCACACACAAUUGAAGCCCCCCCUAUCCCUCCAAACCCCGAAAAGGAUGCUCUUCUCAGGCAGCUUGCCCAGACGCUGGCUUCUAUCCGGCAACGCAGUCGACAACAGAAUGAGUCCAGCAUGGCCGGGUUAGAGGCACAGCAGGCUGCGAUGCUGUCUGCCAUGUCGGCCAUACAAGCUGAGAUGGGCCAGCUUACACAGUUCACCAGCAUCAUCACUUCCAACGCGAAUAUUCUUCAUGAUGCUCUGCGCAAAGCAGAUGCCGUCAUUGAAGGAUCGAGGAACCACGUGGUCCCAGACAUCGAUGAGCUAUUAGUAGCCCCGACAGUAGUAUCGAACCAACUGUACAGGGUAGUGGCAGAAGAAAGAGCACUGGGCGACGCCAUAUUUAUGCUUGGCCGUGCGGUUGAGAGAGGUCGCAUAUCCCCCGCUGCGUUUGCGAAGAUGACGCGAUCUCUAGCGAGAGAAUGGUAUCUGAAGAAGGCUCUAGCACGCAAAAUUGCGCAAGGAAUGGGGCUUAUGGUAUGA